UCUAAAACCUGCAGCCCUCGUGGACUGGGAUUGGGGACCCUGCUCUAAAACCUUGUUGGCUUUGCAACCAACCUUGUAGCUGGCAUGACAGUCAUACAGAGAAGAAACCAUAUACUUGCUAGUGAAGCACUCAUUGUAAUCUAAUAACUAUUCAUUAUGUCAGUCAUAAAUUAGUACUUGUGGACUGUGAUUUGAAUCAUUUUAAAUUUGCACAGAGUUGUUUUCAGACUGUCUGCAUUAAAAUUCACAAAAAUGGUACAAAAAAGUCCAGUAAGUGGAGCAGGGCUCCUUCCCUGUCUUGUAAUUUGCAGAAGUACGAGUACAACAGACGCCGCAACUUGUCUGCAAGUGUGUGUGUGUUUUCUUUUUUUCUUUUCUUUAGUUUGUUGGUUUUUUGGGAGGGGCGGGGUUCUUCACAAGACUAGUUUGGCUUUUUUGAGUUCUCUUUUCUUGAACAGUACAGGCUAGAAUAGAUUUGCCACUGGCUAAAGAAGAGUUACUGUAUCUGCAUCUACCAAAAUAUCCAUCUGUUAAUCUCGGACUCAGGAGGAAAGUUCUGAACUUUGAUGCACUUGUGAACACAUCUGUUGAAGCCAUGAUGUGGCGGCCCUUCAUCUUCAGCUGCUUAAUCGCAUGCACAGGAAAGCUUGUGAGCACUUCAUGUCCAUUUGACAUAACCCCUCCUAGAGUUGUGGUGAGAUUUGGAGACUCCUUAUCAGCAAACUGCACCUCACUAUCUAACCACACUGAUGGAAUGGGAUGGGAGUCUCCCUUUGGAGGAGUGGACUUUACCCAGGGUGUUUCUUCUCUUCUAUUUAAAAUUGACUCUGUGCCAGUGUGGGAGUUAGAGCCAAUGUGUUAUGUGAAUUCCCGUGAUGGUGAUCAGUGUGUGAAAUCAUUGCCAGUCACUGUUUAUAAAAUGCCAGACAGUGUGUCUCUGAAGAAUUUACGUACAGUGGAAGAAGGCCGACAGUUUGUCAUACAGUGUGAUGUUGUUAAUGUUGCACCAGCAAGAAAUCUUUCAGUAGUUUGGCACAAAGGAAAUAAGAUCUUGUCUUCUCAGACAUUUGAAGAGUCCAGUCCAUCUCCAGUCAGUAAGUCAUCUGUCAUCACUCUGACUGCUCAUAGAGAUGAUGAUGGAGCUGAGAUCUGGUGUGAAGCAAAGCUGAACCUGUGGCCAGAGGAACAAGGUCCUCCUCCAGUGCGUUCUGAAGCUCAUAAUGUGAAUGUACUCUACCCACCAACUUUCACCAAUAAUCCAAAUGAGAAUUUGGAAAUGACAGUUGGGAGCAAAAUAUCUUUAAAUUGUACAGCUAAAGGAAAUCCAGUACCAUCCUACCAUUGGCAGUUCCCAAACUUUACACAAGUGUGGUACAGGAGUCAUGAUGUGAAUCAUCCUAUUUUGACUCCAUCAUCUAAGUUUCCAGGGGUCUAUAUCUGCACCGCCUCAAACAGCCAGGGCACUGCGACCAAAUACUUUAUCAUCACCAAAGCUCCACGAGAUCAAACAAUCAUCGCAACAAUAGUCAGACUACUUGUGGCCUUUGGACUCCUGCUCUUCCUUGCUUUUCUAGUUUUUACGACACACAGAGGCAUAUUUUCAUGCAAGAAAGGCGACUAUCUCCAAGGACAACCUACCUCAUCAGUACCAGUAUAAAACAAAUUUGAAUGGGUGCAUGCUUGUUUUAAAGCUGUAGCUGAAAAAAUGCACCAUCUUGUCAGCUAUCGCUAAAGCUCCACUAAUCAAGAGACUGCUGUCCAAACAAGCAAAUUUAAUCUAGCAGAAACGUGUUUAACAGCAACACUGUGAGUGUAAACAUGUGUAUAAACAAAACAGAUUAAUAAUCAGAUAUCAUCCUCAGCUAUUCAUUUAUUUUAACUUUUCACUGGACAGAAAUAAGAAGGAACAAAUUUGCCUCUGACUGUCAACUGAAACUUUUUCUAAUUCUAAUUUUAGAAAACCGCUUGUGAUUUUUAUCAAGUCUUUACGCACGCCUGUGUUUUUCUCUCUCAGAAAACAGGAAAUGCAAGACAUUUUAUUGCAUGUUCACAUCUUUUCAUGUGCUCAAUUUAAUGUAUGAUCCACACACAUCUUUACAACUUUUAGAUAUACAAUAGAACAGCUUUUAUUGUCACUGUUACAAGAACAAUGAAAGGCUGUUUGGCGUUUCUCCAUGUGUGUGAAGUACGCAAUAGCAUAAGUAUUUACACAAUCACAGACAAAUUUAAAUUUACACAAGAAGGAUAUGUACAAGUUAUACAUACCCCUGCAAACAUACGGAUACACCCAUACAAACAUACACGCACAUACAUACAUAUAUGUAUAUACACAUGUAUGCAUGCGUACAUACAUAAACACACAUAUUUCCAUGUACGCGCUUACAUAUAUACAUAUACAUACACAUAUUUUUAAAUGUGUAAAUCAGGAAAUGAGCUGACUUGUUUUCUGCACCACAAAACGGAGGAAAGUUUUAUUUUUAAUUUCAUUGUAUGCACGCUUGGUGAAAACUUGAUUUGGUUCUUAAUUUUGAGCAGUUUCAAUGCUUAGAUAAGUAAGUGUGUUUUGUUGUAAUCUGUUGUUGUAAUGUAAUCAUAAAAAAACUCAUAUUUGGAUAUGAUUUUUAAAAAAAUUUAAUUUCAUCCCCAUUUCUUAAGAGGGGACAAACACUGAAAUCGGAAAUCUCGCUUUUAGUUCAUCACAGUUUUGUCGUCCUCCGUGUCCUGCUUUUGGGUCCAGUUUCAAAAUUUAAUCGGUACACCCCGCCGUGACAGCUGCCUGCUGAAGUUUAGGAUCUGACUGCAAAGUGUUUGACUUGACAAAAGGGAUUUCUGACGUUUUUGGGCUUUUAUGCCUAGUAUAUUUAGUCAUACUGGUAAAAAUACUGUAGUCACCAGGAUUUACAAAGUGGUUAGGUAUAAAAUAAAGAAAUGACCUGUUUUGCAAGUAUCUUUAUGUGUUUGCAUUAUUGAAUGAAUAUUAAAAUCAAUAUAAACC